UCAUUACAUUAUCUGGCAACCGGAGUGGCAGCGGACAGAAGAGAGGGGAUCCCCGGGAUUUUUACACCGAAGCCAGCGAAAUACUGACAUCAAACAUCUGAAAAUCGCGGGGGGAACUCGGUCAGGCUCCUCCUAGACUUCGGUGAGAGCAGCCAUGUCAGAGGAGGCAGUGCGUCAAACGCGCAGCCAGAAGCGGGCUCUGGAGAGGGACCAUGCGCCUCUUGCCGAGCCCCUGGAGGACUUGGACAGUAAACGUGUCAAGCUGGAGAAAGGUGAUGCAACUGGAGGUCCCCUGGCCAUGGUGGGAUCUGGAGGCGAGGGCGUCAGGCUGAGGAGUGAGCAGGCUGCAAAGGUAGCAGCCAGCAUCCUGAAAUCUGGGGAAGUGAAGGCAACUAUCAAGGUGGAGGUGCAGACUGGAGACGAGCCUGUUGACAUGAGCACAUCCAAAAGUGACAUUAAGAAUGAGCGGCAGCCGCCAUCGCCAGAUGAUGUGAUCGUGUUGUCAGACAAUGAGCCAUCCAGCCCUCUCAUGAAUGGACACUGCUUUACAAAGACUGACACAGAAAAACUUAUGAAGAGUUCUCCUGAGGAGAGGGAGCGCAUCAUCAAACAGCUGAAGGAGGAACUGAGACUCCAAGAGGCCAAGCUGGUGCUGCUGAAGAAACUAAGACAGAGCCAGAUCCAGAAGGAGAGCACUGUGCAGAAGGCAACUGGCUCUGUAGCUACUCCUCCUCCUCUGGUGAGAGGUAGCAUCACAUCAAGCAAAGGACCCCUCCAGGUGACAGGUCGAAGCUCAGGCACGGUGAUCCCUCCUCCGUUGGUGCGGGGUGGGCAACACGUCCCGUCCAAACACAACUCUCAGAUUGUCAUGCCACCCCUGGUCAGAGGGGCCCAGCCUAUUGCUGUGACUCCCCAGCAGAUAGCCAGUCUACGCCAUCAACAGCAGCAGCACAGCGGUUCAGGACCCCCUCCACUCUUGCUGGCUCCCAGGGCUUCUGUGCCCAAUGUCCAGGUCCAGGGCCAGAGGAUCAUUCAGCAGGGACUCAUUCGGGUGGCUAAUGUGGCCAACAGUAACGUCAUGGUCAACAUCCCUCAGGCCUCUCCAACCAGCCUAAAAGGCUCUUCAGCGUCACCCAACUCUAGCAUCAAUGAUUCCCCAGCCAGCCGGCAGGCAGCUGCUAAGCUCGCACUGCGCAAGCAGUUGGAGAAGACACUGCUGGAGAUCCCUCCACCUAAACCUCCUGCCCCAGAGUUCAACUUCCUGCCUUCAGCAGCCAAUAAUGAGUUCAUCUACUUGUUGGGGCUGGAGGAGGUGGUGCAGAAACUUCUGGAGAUGCACGGCAGGGGUGGGUACAUUUUUCCACUUGGUAAUCUGGGCCCAGCUGCUGCCCUUGCCAGCACCAUUCCCAAAGAGCCAUACACCUGUGCCCAGUGUAAGACGGACUUUACCUCCCGUUGGAGAAAGGAGAAGGCUGGGACCAUCCUCUGUGACCAAUGCAUGUCGUCCAAUCAGAAGAAGGCCCUGAAGGCUGAGCACACCAAUCGGCUGAAGGCAGCCUUUGUUAAGGCACUCCAACAGGAGCAAGAGAUUGAGCAGCGUAUCCUCCAGCAGGCGGCUUCCUCUUCAUCUUCCUCUAAAACCACCUCCUCUCCCUCACUGUCCAAGAGUGAGGUGCUGGUGUCCCAGCAGUACAAGCAUGUCAGGGCUGCUAUGCAGCACAGACCUGUGGCUGCCCACCACUCCAUUAAACAGAGUCAUCUGUCACACAACAUCCAGUCAGUGGGCUCCCGUGCUAUGGCCCACGCAUUCACUUCCUCCUCUCAGCUGCAGAGUGCGAUGACGGCAGCGGCGCUGAGCAGCAGGGCAGGUAAGCACGCUGCAGCACGCCCGCUGCAGCAGGGGGCAAAGGUCAGCGCCAGCAGCAGUAACCAGGGCAACGUGGCUGCCUGGAAGAAGCAGAGCGGUGGCACUACAGGUGUGACUAUGGCCUAUGUGAACCCAAGCUUGUCUGCCCAUAAGACCACCUCUGCGGUCGAGCGUCAGCGAGAGUACCUGCUGGACAUGAUUCCCUCCCGUUCUAUCUCCCAAGCAGCCAACACAUGGAAAUAAUGCAAUCUUGCUCCCUACUGACGUCAUAACUAUUACCCUCUUAAUAUCAAUAACAGCCAUUCUCAUGAUCAUUCUAAUCCUUUCUAUGGGCUCCACCUCUGGCCAAAACGGUGCAGGGGAGAAUCUGCCUAGUCUUUUGUUGGAUAGAGGUGUUCCCUCAGCUCUUCCUCAGAUAUUUCUGCUACCAUCUUCCUUACCCAAGUCCUUCAUCCCAAAGUGGAGUUGUGCAGCGACAGCUCGAGCUUCUGAGAUCAUUUGGGUACCCUUUUUUUUGUGAGGGUUGGGGUUUACAUGGGCGUGUACAAUUUUACAAACUUCUCCAGCGAUGUUGCCUCUCCCUCCGUGUAUAUUGGUUGAACCUCUCUGUCGCACCAAGAGGAAAAAUCUCCAAGCUCCCCCUGCCUCUGGAUUAGGCUGGGGGAAAAAAUAAUAAUCACUAUUACACACCAUUAAAAUCUUCGCCUUACGUUCUACCCUUCUCCAGUCUGAGCCAGUCAGACUCAGGCCCACGUUUUGGCCGAACCGAACUUAACUGAAGAUCUCGCCACAGGGAUUGUGGGUCGAGCUUCGAGGACCAUCCACAAAAUAACUGCUUCAGCUUUGCAAAAAUGAAUAAAAUGAAAAAAAGGACUGUAAAAAUGAUCUCUAUCUGCACACAGACUUUCUCUUCUCUCUAACCCCACGGCGCGUGUAGUAGAGAAGUUGAUGUGUGUUGGAUUAUUUUGUAUGGCUGAAUGUUAGGAUUUUGUCUUUUUCUUCUGUAAGUCAUAUACUGUGUUUGGAAUAUUGUGCUCCCUGAUACUUUGGAAGUGGCCUCUUGUCGAGGUCUGAAUUUACAGGCUAAUGUUACUGUUGAGGUGGUUUUACAUCUGCUGGGUUCCAUGUUGUGGCCUACUUUUAAAUACUUUGUUUUUUCUAAGACAAAGAGGAAGAAUAAAGAUUAAGGUUUCACUAA